AUGGGUUAUGUGGGCAGCAGCCAGGCGGUGCCAGGCAUGUUGUACGGUUUUGACGAUAUCACCUCCUCUUCCAGCCUCACAUGGACGCCUUGCUUCAAUGACUUCAAAUGCACCAAACUGCAAGUCCCGCUAGACUAUGCAAAUCCCAGCUUGGGAACCACGGACAUUGCCUUCAUCAAGCGCCCAGGCAAGAACGCAACAUUCGAGGCUCCUAAUAUUGUCUUUACUUACGGCGGGCCCGGCGGCUCCGGCGUGGAAUUGCUUCUGACCGGGCCUCACGAUCAGCUCGGCGCCAUGUUCGGCGAGCAAUACAAUUUAGUCUUCUUCGACCCCAGAGGCGUCAACAACAGUGGCCUCACGCUUGAUUGCUUUUCCGGCAACGCGGAUGCCCGUGCAGAAUUCAACGAUCUGCAUAAAACAGGCAUUACCAACACCUCGACCGACUCGCUGCAGGAGCAGUUCUACUCGAGCGCCAUCUUCGCCGAGUGGUGUGAGAAUGCUAUGCGAAAGACGAGCUCUCCAUACGCGUACUAUGUCACUACCCCAGUCGUCGCGCACGACCUGCUCUCAUACAUCGAGGCCGAAGCUAGACUUGGUGGCACCACGAGGCCUGAGGACGCCAAGCUGUGGACGUACGGCGUCAGCUACGGCACCGUAACAGGGGUGACGUUUGCAACACUCUUUCCCAACCGUGUAGGGCGGAUGGUGCUUGACGGCAUUGUCGACGCCGAGCAGUACUACGAUAACGUCUGGUUGGACAACAUGGAUCAAACCGAUGCUGGGGUCGAGUCCUUUGCAGAAACCUGCCACGCUGCUGGCGCGGACAAGUGCAGCUUCUGGGGCUCGUCAUCUGCCGAAAUUCUAAGCAGGCUAGGCAGACUCAUCGAGCAGCUCAAGAACCAUCCCGUCCCGAUCAGCGGUGUCGAUAGAGCGGGCAGCAGCAGCGAGCACAUGGCCAUGGUGACACAAGCAGAUAUCAAGAUGCAUAUCUUCGAAGCCAUGUACGACCCCCUCACCUCAUUUCCAGUCAUGGCGGACGUCCUGCACCAGCUGGAAGCGGGCAACGCGACCGCCCUCACAGGCACCUUCGCGUCCAAGGCAGCCAGGAGGACCGACCCCGGUAGGCAGAUCAUCUGUGCAGAUGUGACACGGCGCAAUAGGAUAACUACGGUCGAGCAGUACGCCGAGUUCGUCGAGGCCAGUGUCGCGCGCAGCAGAUAUGUGGGCGAUGUGUGGCCCAUUGAACUGGACGGUGUGCUGUGUAGCGCAUUGAAACCAGAGCUGCCGGAUAGCAUGUUGAUGCAGGCAUCGAUUGGGGCUAUAGAAAGCCCAACCGCAUUCCCGAUUAUGUUCACAAGCAACACCAUUGAUCCCAUAAGCAGCCUGACUGCUGCCAAGAAAGCCACUGCCAAGUUCAAGCACUCGGUUCUUCUACAGCAAGAGGGUGUCGGCCACACCGUAAUUGGCAUGCUAGGAUCGCUGUGUUACUUCCAUCACGUCCAGGACUAUUUCGCAGGCGUUUUGCCGCCGGCGAACACGACCUGUCCGCAAGAACACACGCCCUUCCAAAUGUGA